CUUCAAAACUGACCGAAAUGUGAAAUGAUUUAUCGGCGCUUUGGCAGAUGUUGUUUUUAUUCGACGUGACGUUCUUCAGGACUGGAUUGUAAAAGGCGGAAACGAUGUCGGACGCCGAAGGUGCUCGCAGUCCGGAGCAGCUGAAUAAAUUCGAGAGACUGACAGGCAGGCCGCCGCUCGGUGUGACGUUAGCAGGUCAUCGUACUCCCCGUGCCCGCAGUGGGCAUCGCUGUGUCGCUGACAACACUAACCUGUAUGUGUUUGGAGGGUACAACCCUGACUAUGAUGAGUCAGGAGGCUCAGAGAAUGAAGACUAUCCACUGUUCAGGGAGCUUUGGAAGUACCACUUCGCCACAGGCUGCUGGCAGCAGAUCCGAACAGAAGGCUACAUGCCCACAGAGCUGGCAUCAAUGUCAGCUGUUUUGCACGGCAACAACCUCCUAGUGUUUGGUGGCACCGGGAUCCCCUUCGGUGAAAAUAACGGCAACGAUGUUCAUGUUUGUAACGUGAAGUACAAGCGAUGGUCACUGCUCAACUGUCGAGGGAAGAAGCCCAACAGAAUCUACGGACAGGCAAUGGUCAUUAUAAACGGCUUCUUGUACGUGUUUGGAGGGACGACAGGUUACAUCUACAGCACGGACCUGCACAGGCUGGACCUGACCACCAGGGAGUGGAUCCACCUCAAGCCCAACAACCCACCUGAUGACCUACCUGAGGAACGGUACAGGCAUGAAAUAGCACAUGACGGACAGAGGAUCUAUAUUCUAGGAGGAGGAACUUCCUGGACAUCUUAUCCUCUAGAUAAGAUACAUGCUUACAACCUGGAGACCAAUUCCUGGGAGGAGAUUACAACUAAACCUCAUGAAAAAAUAGGGUAUCCUGCUCCUAGAAGAUGCCAUAGCUGUGUGCAAAUACGUAACGAUGUAUUUGUCUGUGGAGGCUACAACGGGGAAUUGAUAUUAGCUGAUCUGUGGAAGAUCAAUCUGCACACUUUCCAGUGGAGUAAACUACCAGCAGUGAUGCCUGAGCCAGCCUACUUUCACUGUGCUGCUGUUACCCCAGCUGGCUGCAUGUACAUCCACGGUGGUGUGGUGAACAUCCACGAGAACAAGAGAACUGGCUCUCUGUUCAAGAUCUGGCUGGCGGUGCCCAGCCUGCUGGAGCUAUGCUGGGAGAAGCUCCUCAAGGCCUUUCCCCAUCUGACUUCACUCCCCACCAUGCAGCUGCUCAACCUGGGCCUCACGCAGGAACUCAUUGAACGCUUGAAAUAGGCACCAGUGGAGCACGGACAGACGAAGGGCUGGGCUGGACAGCGAGGAGAGGAGGUCUGACAGAGCACAGAAUUAAAUUCGCCCUUCCCUUCCCCCUGCCUAACGUAGCCCCGCCUUAAAACCAAAAACAAUGGGAUGCCUUUUUUCGUUGUUUUUGUUCUAAAUUUUUUUUGUAGUUAAGGUGACUAUAAAGAAAAUAUAUGUGGAAUGUUUUACGGAUUUUACUCAAACCCCACCCCCACCACCACCACUACCGUUCCUUUCAUGAUGCAUUUGUGUCAAGCCAAGUACGGAUUCUUGUUUCAUCCUCCCAAACGAAGUAAAUGGAAAUCGUUUAUUUUGCCAUGUCAGGAAGUCAAACACUGUCUACUCCCAUUUUUUUUUUCUCUAGUAAUUUUAAGAAUUCUGUGCAAAGGAAGAAUGCAUGUAUAUUUAUUUAAAGGACUUAAUCACUUUUUCGGUGGGUAUUCUCUUGAACUGAUAUUGCUGUUUGCACAUUUUGUCUUGCAUAUUUGUAGGCAUUUACUUUUUCUUUUUUUUUAAUAGAUUCUACAAGCAAGAGUGACCGCAGUAAUAAUUUCAGUGUAAAAAAGGUGACAGAGAGAAGCUCUGCUAAAGAACCAUGGCAGUGUUUUUGUCCAUUUUAGCCAAUUUAAUACAGCUCACAUAUAGUUUUCAUUGCAGCGGACAUGUUGUGGUGUUUUAGAUUCCCUAAGCUAUAAAAAUCAGCCCCAGAAGCUUGAAAAUUGAGUGAAUUCUGUAGUCAAUCACACUGAUUGGAUUAAAGCAGACAUGGUCUUCUAAAUGAGGAUUUAUCAGUCUCCAAAUUAUUUUUAUAUUUGAACACGCAUGCUGUCUGCCUGGAAGGAAAGAAAAACAUUAAAAACCUCAAAAGACUAAAUUGCACGCCUUGGAAAUGGUCAAUGUCAUUUGUGAGAAAUUGCCUAAAACAUGCAGAAACACUGUGUGCUCUUCAUUGGCAUGCAAAGAAAGGCUCAAUGCAGGUGUCUGGUUCCUUGUAUUUCCUGUACUUUCCGUUACACAUUAUUACAGUCUUAUCUGGAGAAUCGUCUGCUGAAAAGGGAGAAGGAAGGUGGGUAUCUCAGAUCAUUUCUUUGUGUUCGCUUGCAGCUUUCAUUUGUAAACCAAACCAUGCUACACAUCACUGUGAAUCUGGUGCUCUUUGACAUUUAUUUAAAAAUGCUUUUGUUUGAAUAAAGACUUAAUUCUACUUUUACUCCCUCUUUGAUGACAUGACAAACGGUUUUGCACAGGGAGUUGCUUUCGUAGCACGCUUUUACAAACAUUAUACUGCAGUGCCUUUUUCAAACUUGUAAUUAGGGUGACGUUUCAUAAAUACAGGCAGUAUAAGAUCUUGGCAUGUAUAGACAAAAUUCUUUAGAUUGGGGGAGCAUUUUAACAAUUCAAUCAUUACCUAGAAUUAAUAAAUGUGCUGCUGGCCAAAAUUUACAUAUUAUUAUCUUAAUGUUGAAGACUUUGUAUUUUCUUCCUCUAACUGACCAGACAUAGAUUUUCAGUCUAAAAAAAAAAAAACAAUCUAAAAAGCACUUAAUCAGUGUUUUAAAGUGGUAUGUUCUUAGGUUUAAUUUAACUGAUGCCAAACGUUGUUGCAGAAGAGUGAUAACGAGGAAUGUGAGGUUGGGUGAGACUUUAGAUUUUCAGUCAGGAUGGUUUGAUGCCCACAAAUGCAUGAAUCUGCCUGCAUUUCUUUACCUUGCCCCCCCUUUUUUUAAGUUAUUCUUUCUGUUUGGCAUUCCAAACUACCAGGUGUCAUUACCUGCUUUUCUUUUUUUUUUUUUUUACAUCAACAUCAGUUCAUUACUUGGAAUGUUGUUUUAAAGAUGACCUCUAAGAUGUUGUACAGUAGGCUUGUAUGAAUGUUGUGUUGGAGUUCUGUCAAUAAAAGUGUUCUGUAAAUAGC